AACCAGCAUUAAUGAUCUGGAUCUGUCCCAGACAUUCCAGGCCUGCCAAGUGAGAGCAGCCCCAGGAGCAAGGGGGGCUAAUCCAGGGAGAAGGCAGGCCUACUGGAUCAGCCGCUGUUCCGGGAGAAGACUGGAGUUGAACUCUCCUGAUAGGCUCUAGGUCUGACGAGUGAGAGCUGGCCUGGGAACUAUUGGGAUUUCUUACCUUAUCCUCGAAAAGACUUUCCUAGGAAAAUCCGUGAUUGAACAGUUGCCUUGAUUUAAAUGGGGAUAAAAGGAAAAAUAGCCUAAAAUAGCCUAUCAUAGCUGAGAGGCCUAGGCUAGAUCAUCACACAACUCUAGAAAGAGAGCUGUGCUGGAAAUAAACUGGGCCAAACGAAGAGAGAUUCCAGCAAAUUGUUGAGUUGGAGAAGAGCUGCUGAUAAAAUACAGUGACCUGGAAAUCCCAAAGAUAAACUGAGAUUUGCUGGCGUUCGUAAAGAAAGCUUGGUCAAAACUGAGUGAAAACCAAAGUUUGGAUUAAAUGGUUCAGAUGCCUUUUGGAUUGAAUUGAGAAAUCUGCCCUGGGUAGAGAUACUAACCCGGAGAGACCACAGAUAAGACACCCCUGAAACAGGUUUAAAACUACUGCAGUUUCGUGCUGCUGAGCCUUUGGAAUUAAUCUGGCACCACUCAUCGGAUAUCAGACACUUUACUUCCUACACCAUUUUGGGAUAUAAAGGUGCAAAGAGAAAAUCUGGUUCAGAGUGAACUAAGAAACUUGAACAUAUCCAUUGGAGACUGAUGCUGAGGAAGAGCUGACAUACAAAGGGACAAAGGCCUUAAUACUGCACUGAAAUGGAUGUGUGGUCAAGAGUAGCAGUGUGGAUCCUGUGUGGUUUUCUUCUGCACCAAGGGCAGGGGGAGAGGCCCCCAGGUUCCCAUCUGGAUGAAGCUGCAAUUGCAGAGUUCUGUCGAAUUGAUGAGCCCUUGUGUCACAAUGAAGAUGAGCUGCUCAGCUUCGAAGCGGUCUGUAAUAUCCACAAGCAGAUGGACGAUGACGCCAAUGGCAAUGUGGAUGUAGAGGAGAGUGACGAGUUCCUGCGGGAAGACUUAAAUUACCAUGACCCAACAGUCAAACACAGCACCUUCCAUGGAGAAGAUAAACUCAUCAGUGUGGAAGAUCUGUGGAAGUCAUGGAAAACAUCUGAAGUGUACAACUGGACUGUUGAUGAGGUGGUGCAGUGGCUAAUCACCUAUGUAGAACUGCCACAGUAUGAAGAAACCUUCAGGAAACUGCAGCUGAGUGGCCACGCCAUGCCCAGGUUAGCGAUAAACAAUGCCACCAUGAUGGGAACUGUGCUGAAAAUGACUGAUCGGAGCCACAGGCAGAAGCUGCAGCUGAAAGCCCUGGACACCGUGUUGUUCGGACCUCCUCUCUUAACUCGUCAUAACCACCUAAAGGAUUUCAUGUUGGUGGUGUCCAUUGUCAUUGGAGUGGGGGGCUGCUGGUUUGCCUACAUCCAGAACCGCUACUCGAAGGAGCACCUGAAGAGGAUGAUGAAAGACCUAGAAGGGCUUCACAGAGCGGAGCAGAGUCUGCACGACCUUCAAGAAAGGCUGCAGAAGGCCCAGGAGGAGCACCGCACCGUGGAAGUGGAGAAGGUGCAUCUGGAGAAGAAGCUCCAGGAUGAGAUCAGCAUUGCCAAGCAGGAGGCGCACCGGCUGCGGGAGCUGCGGGAGGGGACGGAGAACGAGCUGAGCAGACAGAAGUACGCUGAGCAGGAGCUGGAGCAGGUCCGCAUGGCGCUGAAGAACGCAGAGAAGGAGCUCGAAUCUCACUGCAGCUGGGCCGCCCCAGAAGCCUUGCAGAAAUGGCUCCAGCUGACCCAUGAAGUGGAGGUCCAGUACUACAACAUCAAGAAGCAGAAUGCAGAGAAGCAGCUGCUGGUGGCCAAAGAGGGGGCUGAAAAAAUUAAAAAGAAGCGAAACACCCUGUUUGGAACGUUUCACGUUGCACACAGCUCCUCCCUAGACGACGUUGAUCAUAAAAUCUUAACUGCAAAGCAAGCCCUGAGCGAAGUGACGGCUGCGCUGCGGGAGCGCCUCCACCGCUGGCAGCAAAUCGAGGUGCUCUGCGGCUUCCAGAUUGUCAACAACCCCGGCAUCCAUGCACUCAUAGCAGCCCUGAACAUCGAUCCCAGCUGGGUGGGCACGCCCCGGCCCAACCCAUCCCACUUCAUCAUGACGGAUGACCUGGACGACCUGGACGAAGAGAUUGUGUCUCCCAUGUCCAUGCAGUACGCGGCCUGGCUUUUGGGGCGCAGGUUCAGUGACCGCUCGUCUAUCUCCUCGGAGGAUCAGUCCCUCUGCAAAUACCCCGGUUUGGUUCUCUUGGUUGUUUUUUUUCACCUACUGGACUAAAAUACAUCCACGAUUUUUCCAACUUUUUGACACACACACUAAUUCACAUGCUCUUCUUCAGUGAGACACGAGCAUCGUUACUAACCUCUGGGCAGAGUCUGCUGGGAUGAAGAAUUUCAUGUUCGCUCCUUCCUCCGCCUUCUGUGUUUGGAGCUUUAAACCCCAGGCUUGAACCGUGGUUUUGCUGAGGGCUUGGAGGGUAACGCUGCUCCCCUCCCGCUCCCUGGAGUCCGUGACAACAGAGCCCCCCUCUUUGGGUGAUUCCGGCUGCUGGGGGAUGUCGCCUACAGCUGGGUCCGUUCUGAUGCCACAUGCAGCUGAAUCUGGUCUAGUGUCUCCUAUUCCCAAGGCCUAGCGUGCUGAGCCCCUGCAGGGAGGGAACGUCUCGAGCGAUUUCCCCGCUUGCCCAGGCCAAUCCUCUCUCCAUUAGAGUGUUGUCACAGUACAGGGCCUGCUGGUGCGUGAGGGAGAAUGUGAAAUACCAUGAAGAUUGGUCUCGACAAUAGAAGCAGUGGGAUAUAGGGAUGUAAGUGGUGCUGCCAGCUCCCUCCCCUCUCUCUGUGCUGCUGCCUCUAUCAGAGGCAGUGAGGAGGGGAUGGGGGGGAACAGUGGAGCCUGCCCUGAAGCUGCCUUUCCCUGUGGCAGGUCUGGGCUGGCUGGGUACAGAGGCUGGGACCCUCAUGGAG